AUGCCUCCGCGCGCGCCGCCUGCGCCCGGGCCCCGGCCGCCGCCCCGGGCCGCCGCCGCCGCCGCCCCCGCUGCCGCGGACGCGGGGGGCGCCGGCGGGCCAGGACUCCGGCCGCUCGCGCCGCGCCCCUGGCGCUGGCUGCUGCUGCUCGCGCUGCCCGCCGCCUGCUCCGCGCCGCCGCCGCCGCGCCCCGUCUACACCAACCACUGGGCAGUGCAAGUGCUGGGCGGCCCGGCCGCGGCGGCCCGCGUGGCCGCGGCGCAUGGCUACCUCAACUUGGGCCAGAUUGGAAACCUGGAAAAUUACUACCAUUUUUACCAUAGCAAAACCUUUAAAAGGUCAACCGUGAGUAGCAGAGGCCCUCACACCUUCCUCAGAAUGGACCCCCAGGUGAAAUGGCUCCAACAACAAGAAGUUAAACGGAGGGUGAAGAGACAGGUGCGAAGUGACCCUCAGGCCCUUUAUUUCAACGACCCCAUUUGGUCCAACAUGUGGUACAUGCAUUGUGGUGACAAGAACAGUCGCUGCCGCUCGGAAAUGAACGUCCAGGCAGCAUGGAAGAGGGGCUACACGGGAAAAAACGUGGUGGUUACCAUCCUCGAUGAUGGCAUAGAGAGGAAUCACCCCGACCUGGCCCCAAAUUAUGAUUCCUACGCGAGCUAUGAUGUCAACGGAAAUGAUUACGACCCAUCUCCACGAUAUGAUGCCAGCAAUGAAAAUAAACACGGUACUCGUUGUGCAGGAGAAGUGGCCGCUUCAGCCAACAACUCCUACUGCAUCGUGGGCAUAGCAUACAAUGCAAAGAUAGGAGGCAUCCGCAUGCUGGACGGAGAUGUGACAGAUGUGGUCGAGGCGAAGUCUCUGGGCAUCAGGCCCAACUACAUAGACAUUUACAGCGCCAGCUGGGGGCCGGACGACGACGGGAAGACAGUGGACGGGCCUGGCCGACUGGCUAAACAGGCCUUUGAGUAUGGCAUUAAAAAGGGCCGGCAGGGCCUGGGCUCCAUUUUCGUCUGGGCAUCCGGGAACGGUGGGAGAGAGGGGGACUACUGUUCCUGUGACGGCUACACCAACAGCAUCUACACCAUCUCUGUGAGCAGCACCACCGAGAAUGGCUACAAGCCGUGGUACCUCGAGGAGUGUGCGUCCACUCUGGCCACCACCUACAGCAGCGGGGCGUUUUAUGAGCGGAAAAUUGUCACCACGGAUCUGCGUCAGCGCUGCACCGACGGCCACACCGGGACCUCAGUUUCAGCCCCCAUGGUGGCAGGAAUCAUUGCCUUGGCUUUAGAAGCAAACAGCCAGUUAACCUGGAGGGACGUCCAGCACCUGCUGGUGAAGACAUCCAGGCCAGCCCACCUGAAAGCAAAUGACUGGAAAGUCAACGGGGCUGGUCAUAAAGUUAGCCAUCUCUAUGGAUUUGGCUUGGUGGACGCGGAAGCCCUCGUCAUGGAGGCGAAGAAGUGGACGGCUGUGCCCUCGCAGCACGUGUGCGUGGCCACCAUAGACAAGAGGCCCAGGAGCAUCCCUGUGGUGCAGACCCUGCGGACCACCGCCCUGACCACCGCCUGCGCGGACCACUCGGACCAGCGCGUGGGCUACCUGGAGCACGUGGUGGCUCGUAUCUCCAUCUCCCACCCGCGCCGAGGAGACCUCCAGAUCCACCUGAUUUCUCCCUCAGGAACCAAGUCUCAGCUUUUGGCAAAGAGAUUGCUGGAUCAUUCUAACGAAGGGUUUACAAACUGGGAGUUCAUGACGGUGCACUGUUGGGGAGAAAAGGCUGAGGGGGAAUGGACCCUGGAGAUCCAGGACAUACCGUCCCAGGUCCGCAACCCGGAGAAACAAGGGAAGUUGAAGGAAUGGAGCCUCAUCCUAUAUGGCACGGCGGAGCACCCGUACACCACCUUCAGCUCCCAUCAGUCCCGCUCUCGGAUGCUGGAGCUCUCAGCCCUGGAGCUUGAGCCCCCCAAGGCCGCUCUGCUGCCAUCCCAGGCCGAGCUUCCCGAGGAUGAAGAGGACUACACAGCUCCUUCCACCCACGGCUCUCCUAAUAUUUUACAGACUAGUGUGUGCCAUCCGGAGUGUGGAGACAAAGGCUGUGACGGCCCCAACGCAGACCAGUGCUUGAACUGUGUCCACUUCAGCCUGGGGAACGUCAAGACCAGCAGGAAGUGUGUGAGUGCAUGCCCACUGGGCUACUUCGGGGACACAGCAGCAAGACGCUGUCGUAGGUGCCACAAGGGAUGUGAGACCUGCUCCGGCAGGAGCCCAACCCAGUGCCUGUCUUGCCGCCGUGGGUUCUAUCACCAUCAGGAGAUCAACAGCUGUGUGACCCUCUGUCCUGCGGGAUUUUACGCUGAUGAAAGUCAGAAAAAUUGCCUUAAAUGCCACCCAAGCUGUAAAAAGUGCAUUGAUGAACCAGAGAAAUGUACCGUCUGUAAAGAGGGAUUCAGCCUUGCACGGGGCAGCUGCAUUCCAGACUGUGAACCGGGCACCUACUUUGACUCCGAGCUGGUCAGAUGUGGGGAAUGCCAUCACACCUGCCAAACCUGUGUGGGGCCCAGCAGAGAAGAAUGUGUUCACUGUGCAGCAAACUUCCACUUCCAAGACUGGAGAUGCGUGCCAGCCUGUGGCGAGGGCUUCUACCCGGAGGAGAUGCCGGGCUUGCCCCACAAGGUGUGCCGAAGGUGCGACGAGAACUGCUUGAGCUGUGAAGGCUCCAGCAGGAACUGCAGCAGGUGCAAGGCGGGCUUCACGCAGCUGGGGACCUCGUGCAUCACCAACCACACCUGCAGCAACGCUGACGAGACAUUCUGCGAGAUGGUGAAGUCCCAACGGCUCUGUGAACGGAAGCUCUUCAUUCAGUUCUGUUGCCGCACGUGCCUCCUGGCUGGGUAGGGGCACCUGGCUGCCCGCAGCAGGCAGGGUCCCUCGCGUCCAUCCACCUUUCUCCAGACUGUUGGCCAGAACCUGUUUCAGGGGUGGUGCCCUGCAUCUGACAGCUUUAUCUCCCUAGGAGCAAAGUCGUUCUGCAGCAUCUCUGGGCACCCAGACCGAGUGGGUGGUGGGCCUUAAGGAGGUGUUCCUAAAACUGACAGCCUCUCAAACUCUGCUUGCUGGCUACAUUCUUCUGGCAAACUCAAAACGGGAACAAAAUGAAUUCCAGGAAUCCACAGCUCCAGCUUUGGAGCAGCUUCUGGAACCAUAAGUUUACUGAAUCUUCAAGACCAAAGCAGAAAGGCAAGAUGCUUGGCAUAACACAUCACUCUUCUGCCCAUGCUUUUGUGCAGUUCCAUAGUAAAUCUCACCCUAGGGCCCGGCCCACAGAACCCUGGGCCGUCCUCACCAUGAUGAAGGGCCCAGCACGCACCUGCUCAUCGCCUGCCACAGAGCAGUCUCGGGGACGGUUUGGUCAGACUGUAAAUAAAAUAGAUUUGGGGUCAUAAAACGUACAACCACUGGGGAUGGAGCAUCUAUUUCUACAUAGUCAGCUACUUCUGAAACUGCAGCGACAGCUUAGAAAGUCACAUUCCAAACCCGGAUGGAAAGAGCCUGCCUUCUCUGCAGCGCUCUCCUUGAGUGAGCCGAGCGCCCCUGGUCACCGCCGUCUGUCUGUGUCUCUAGGAAUCCCAUGGCCCGAAUGGGCCCCUCUACCUGAUGCAGAGCCUUCUGGUGAGGGUCCCCAGGAGGCGUCCAGGAGCCAGCCAAAGGUGCCCUGAGGGCCAAGCGAUUCCUCUUACCAAAAUGUAAAGCACCCCUGAAUUGUGGGUCAUCUGUCACUUCCCAGUUCCUGAAGUUGCUUUUAAAAUCCGUUCGGCCUCUGCUCGUCAGACUAGUUCCUAAGGUGGAUGUUCCUGUGUCUGUGUGUACUGCAAGCCUAGCGACACAGUUGGAUUUAUUUCUGCCAAACCUGUGUAGGCAUUUUAUAAGCUACAUGUUCUAAUUUUUACCGAUGUUAAUUAUUUUGACAAAUAUUUCAUAUAUUUUCAUUGAAAUGCACAGAUCUGCUUGAUCAAUUCCCUCUAAUAUGGGAGUAACAUUUGCCUUAAAUUUUUCCAAGCUCGUUCUUCUCCAUUUUGUCCUGCUCCCUCUUUGACUAUAAUGCGUUUGCCUUGUCCCCUGGGAGCUGGGGGAACCCAGCUGUUGUUUAUGGAAUCCACAACUCCGAAAAAGAAAUCCACAAUGUUAACCCUAAAUUAAUAAAAGAGUUAACAUCCCAUG